UUGUGUGACAUCCGACGGGCCUGCUGUGACGUUGUCUUCACCGUUUCCCGCAUGAACUGAAGUACCGCCGGGCUCUUGUCACUUCACCAGAUUCUGAGAGAGUUUUCACACCAAGCAGACCACAAUGGCCAACCAACCAAUGGACAUCAUAACAAAGGUUUUGGAGCAGUCAGCCAAGCUGGUUGAGGAGCAGGUGGAUGCACAGUUGAGCAAGCUGAAUGAUAUGGAUGAAGAUGACUUGGAGAGACUGAAGGAGAGGCGAUUAGAGCAACUUAAAAAAGCGCAGAAACAGAAGCAGGAGUGGUUGUCCAAAGGCCAUGGGGAGUACAGAGAAGUCCCCAGUGAGAAAGACUUUUUCGGUGAGGUGAAAGAUAGCAAGAAUGUUGUCUGCCACUUCUACAGAAAUUCAACCUUCAGAUGUAAGAUCCUCGACAAACACUUGGCCAUCUUGGCAAAGAAGCACGUGGAGACCAAAUUCCUCAAGCUGAAUGUAGAAAAGGCCCCAUUUCUGACAGAGAGGCUGCGCAUUAAAGUCAUUCCUACGCUGGCUUUGCUGAUAGACGGAAAAACGAAGGACUAUGUGGUUGGAUUCUCUGACCUGGGCAACACAGAUGAGUUUCCCACCGAGAUGCUUGAAUGGAGACUUGGCUGUGCAGAUGUCAUCAACUACAGUGGUAACCUGAUGGAGCCCCCAACAAUGACGCAGAGAUCAGGCACAAAGUUCACCAAAGUGGAGAAGAAAACCAUCAGAGGGCGAGGUUACGACUCAGAUUCAGAUUCUGGAGAUGACUGAAAAGUUUUGACAGUUAGCUGGUUUUCUCUCUCAGGGCUACCUCAUUAAUAACAGUCUAGCGGACAGCCUGCUCUCAUUUUCCUUCUCUUUGUGACUUACCUAUUCAUUGCGUUAAUUUCUGUGUUUUAAUUUACCAUAUGUGUGGAAUUAUUUUAUGAAAUCAGUUGGCAUGUUUCAUUCAGCCUGCUCAUUUAGCAUGUGGGUGCCAAGAUUGUGAUUUAACAUCUGAAUACAUUUUUACAUGACAUUUCCUUGUAGCAAGAGUUUGACUUAACUAAUGCAAACUUAAUAAAAAGCAUAAAAGAAAUGAAAAAAAAAA